ACUGGUUGACGGCUGAGUGGUCACUUCCUGAUGCUGGUCCUGCUAGGCUAGUAGCGAGCAGCCGACUUUAAAUUUGACCGUUGUUUUUUGGUAGGGGGAGCAUAAACCAGUGAAUAACAGCGUGGUCGUCGGGAGCAGGCGGUUGGAGCUGAAAGAGUUUGGACGGCACAAUGAACGGCCAGCUCGACCUGAGCGGGAAGCUGAUCAUCAAAGCCCAGCUGGGUGAUGACAUAAGACGCAUCCCCAUCCACAAUGAAGACAUCACUUACGACGAGCUGGUGCUGAUGAUGCAGCGCGUCUUCAGAGGCAAACUGCAGAGCAACGACGAGGUCACCAUCAAAUACAAGGACGAAGAUGAUGACCUCAUCACCAUCUUUGACAGCUCUGACCUCUCCUUUGCAAUCCAGUGCAGUAGAAUUCUCAAGCUAACUUUGUUUGUGAAUGGUCAGCCAAGGCCUUUGGAAUCCAGUCAGGUGAAGUACCUGCGCAGGGAGCUCAUCGAGCUGAGGAAUAAAGUCAACACCCUCCUGGACACUUUGGAGCCUCCCACAGAACCUGGUGUGGCAGCCACAGUGCUAGAAAGUGAAACAGUUGAUGGACGUGAAGGAAAAGUGGCAACAACAGACUCAGCCGCCAAACAUGUGACACCCGUCAGCGCAGCGAGCAUGUCCGCCUUUGACCCGUUAAAGAACCAGGAUGAAGUCAACAAGAAUGUAAUCUCUGCUUUCGGCCUGAGCGAGGACCAGCCCCCAGCUCCGCCAGCAGCAGCCCCAGAGGAGCGCUCAGGGACCCCGGAUAGCAUCGCUUCCUCUUCGUCUGCAGCCCCUCAGCCAGGAUUGCCUCCCCAAGGGCAGGCUCUCUUUACCGGAGUACAGCAGGGACCCCCAGCUGGAUUGGAUGGCCAGGCUUACCAACAGUACCAGGCCCCCGGUGGAUACCCUCCACAGCAGCCAGGUGGCCCCCCUCAGCAGCAGUAUGGAAUGCAGUAUCCUGCAGGAUACAGCCCCCAACCGGGAGCCCCCCAACCCGCUCCGCCGCAGCCCCAUCAGCAGCAGUUCCAGAACUACGCGCCCCCUUCAUCCCAGGCCCCUGCCCCAGGUCAAGGUCCCCCUGCCCCAGGCUUCCAGGGUGGCCAGCCCCAGCAGCCUCAUCCUCCUCAGGGAGCCCAGCAGUAUCCACCAGGAGCCUUCCCUCCCCAAAACUAUACCUCCCAGGCAUCACAGCCCGCCAAUUAUAGCAUGCCACCCACUUCCUCCCAGGCCGGGUACCAGCCUCGCCCAGGGUACACCCCACCUCCGGGAAGCACCCCACCGCCCGGGGCUGCUAACCCAUAUGCCCGGAAUCGCCCCCCUUACGGUCAGGGCUACGCUCAGCCAGGCCCUGGAUACCGGUAAGAUGGGUGUGUGAAUGAUCCCCCACCCCCGCCCCACACACACACACACACACACAUACACAUACACAACCCUUGUGGCUCUUUGGACUGGGGGCGGGAAUCUUCCCUUCUCACAAAUAUCAGAUCCAAAACCAAGCAGUCUGAUGGUUAGUGUUUGUAUGCCGUGUCCAACAUGCCACUGGAAUUGGUUGCUGUUAUUUUCCCUCUUCUUUCCUGUCUCAGCCUCUGCCCUCUUGUAUCAUGAUAAUGGCGCUCACAUGCAAGACCGAAAGAGGCCAUUUUGUCGUUUUUUUACGUGGUAACACUUCAUUGCCUCACCUGACGCCACAACUGGCAUCUGACACAAUGAAACGUUACCCCGUUUUGUGUUUUUAUUGUUUGCGUCAGCCACGGCGAUGGAACACUAAGUGAAGGUAUACGGGAGGAGGGGUAAUCCCAGCAUCAAGGCUUUGUCCCUUUUGUCCACUCCAGUUAAAGCUUGUAUCGUAUCACCGGUUUUUACUAAUACAUAAAACAUCAUCUACAGGUGAGAUUAGUGGUCAGUGUAUAAACUGUAACAUUUUUUCUUUAACACAAUAAAUGAUUGAGACCCA